AGCAGAAUGAGCACGAACACAGAGGGGAACUUGCCAAAUCUUCUCAGGUGGGUAGUUAACAUUCAUCUACGGUAAAGAAGCGUCUGGAUCAUCAGCAACCCAUCCCGCUCACCUGUUCUGUGGUGAUAGCGGAUCCGUAGUCCAGCAUCCACACAGACAUGGAGGGGUGCUCACAGCAGCAGAUCAAGGCAGAAGGACUGCUGCUAUUGGCUGCAGUCUACAAGGAGGACGAGAGGCGACAGAUCACCCGUGGUUUCCAUGGCACACAUAGGCUCCGCAAGGACAAGACGAGAAGUCCGCAGAGUGUGCAGAAUGGGCUGGACAGGGAGCAGCUGGAGGACCGGGAGCAGGUUACCCAGGAGAACAAGCUGAAGAUCAAGCGUCUGACACCUGUGGCCCUGAGACAAGAGCCGGAGGGCACCAUCUCUCUCCUCCAGUCACAGAGAGAAGAGCUGAGAAGCUCCCCUGCUGACUUAAGAGAGUGAGGAGAUUACAGUCAAGCUCAGAGGACGCGAACGGCACACAAGGAAACAGGAGCUGGAGUCAUGAGCAGGGCGCUUACGGACCACAUCAUCAGUAGCUUCAGAGAAGAUGCCCCUCGUCCACCGGUCCCGGGGGAAGAGGGAGAGGCGCCAUGCCACAAUCCCAGCAAAUUUGCCAUGAUGCGACCCCAGAAUAAGGCUAAAUCGGCUGCCGUCGUUCCUCCCGGUUCCACGCCGAGGAGAAACGAGGAUGGACUAGGGGAACCCGAGGGGAGCGCUUCUCCGGACUCGCCGCUUGCUCGGUGGACCAAGUCCUUGCAUUCUCUUUUGGGGGACCAAGACGGUGCUCAUCUUUUUCGGACAUUUCUGGAGCGGGAGAAAUGCGUAGACACUUUAGACUUUUGGUUCGCCUGCAAUGGUUUCAGACAGAUGGACCUCAAGGAUACCAAAACGCUACGAGUUGCCAAAGCUAUUUACAAACGGUACAUCGAAAACAACAGCAUCGUUGCAAAGCAGCUGAAGCCUGCGACUAAAACCUACAUAAGGGAUAGUAUUAAGAAGCAACAGAUAGACUCUGCGAUGUUUGACCAGGCACAGACCGAGAUCCAGUCAACAAUGGAGGAAAACGCAUACCAGAUGUUCUUAACUUCUGACAUAUACCUCGAAUACGUCCGUACUGGGUGUGAGAACCCUGCUUAUGUAAACCAUAACGGGCUUGGGAGUCUCAAGUUGAUGUGUGGGUACCUGCCCACGUUGAAUGAGGAAGAAGAGUGGAAUUGCAACGACUUGAAGGCUAAAGCUUUGGCGUCUGUGGUUGGGCUAUCUACAAAAACACUUCGGGCUACUGCGUCCAUGAGAACGGCGGAGGUGUUGGAGAAUGGGUACAGACCGCACAGACUCGGAGACCCGGCGAACCCCUAUCAUGUCAACUCCGGGUAUGUCUUUGCCCCUGCCACCAGCGCCAACGACAGCGAGGUCUCCAGUGACGCCAUGACGGACGACUCCAUGUCUAUGACGGACAGCAGCGUAGAUGGCAUCCCUCCGUACAAGCUGGGCAUCAAGAAGCAGCAGCAGCGAGAGAUGCACCGCAGCGUCAAGAUGAACGGCCAGGUGGCUCUCCCUCACUUCCCUAGGACCCACCGCCUGCCCAAGGAGAUGACCCCUGUGGAGCCCGCCGCCUUCGCCGCCGAGCUCAUCGCCCGGCUGGAGAAGCUGAAGAGGGAGCAGGAGACCAUGAGCUCGCUGGAGGAGCGGCUGCAGCAGAUUCAGGAGGAGGAGGAGAGGGAUGAGAGCGAGGUGCCAGGCAGUGCCCCCCUCCACGGCCCUCACCCCCUUGGUCUGCUGCCCUCGGGGUCCUGCGAGGAGGAUCCCCAGGCCAUCCUGGACGAGCACCUCUCCAGGGUCCUAAAGACCCCCGGCUGCCAGUCCCCAGGCGUGGUCCGCCACUCUCCCCGCUCCCGCUCCCCGGACCAGCAUCCCCUGCUGCACGGCGCCGUGACGACCAAGCCGCUGCCCGGCCCCGCCCUGGGCUCCUACCCUCUGGGCUGCGGGGUGGGCAAGGCCUUUGUGUCCAAGCAGGCCACCAAGCACAUCCACCACCACUACAUCCACCACCACGCCGGCCCCAAGACCAAGGAGCAGAUCGAGGUGGAGGCGGCCCAGCGCGUGCAAUGCCUCUGCCCUGGCUGCGCCGACUACUCCUCCUACCCCAAGUGUCGCAGCCACGGCAAGGACCAGUGCGGCAGCCCGGCCGAGUUCGCCCUGGGGCGUUCCGGCACUUUGUCCAAACGGCCGAGCAAGUCCAGCGAGGGGGCGACCCAGCUGAGCAGCGACGGCGGGGCGGUCAGCGGCGGCCCUCCGCAGCUCCCCUCGGAUGGCACCGACCGCUCCCAGAACGUGUGGCAGUGGAUCCUGGAGAGCGAGAGGCAGAGCAAACACAAGCCGCACAGCACUCAAGGCUUAAAGAAGGCAUACCCGAUGGACCCCUCCUCCAAGACGCUCCCGGGACGGGCCCACUCGUGGGGAGCGGCCGGUGGCAGUGGCCACCUCCGGCCUCACCAUCCUGCCCACCCUUUCAUCCAGGACCCCGCCAUGCCCCCCCUGCCCCCUCCCAACACCCUCGCCCAGCUCGAGGAGGCCUGCCGGAGACUGGAGGAGGUCUCCAAACCCCCCAAACAAAGGCAUUCAACGUCAAGCCUUCAAAGAGACAGGAGUCAUUCUGUGGCUUUCCAGAGUGGAAAUGCACCUCUAUCAAGUCCCGGGCUUCAAACAGAAGAGUCGAAAGAGCCAAAGAAGCAGGCUGGUGCCCACGGCGCGCUGGGCACUGAGCUGGUCGUCACCUACUUCUUCUGUGGAGAGGAGAUCCCCUAUCGGCGCAUGAUGAAGACGCACAGCCUAACGCUGGGCCACUUCAAAGAGCAGCUCCGCAAGAAAGGCAAUUACAGGUACUACUUCAAGAAGGCCAGUGAUGAGUUUGAGUGCGGGGCGGUGUUCGAGGAGGUGUGGGACGACGGGACGGUGCUGCCCAUGUACGAGGGAAAGAUCCUGGGCAAAGUGGAGAGGAUGGACUGAGAGCCCACAGGCUGACCAGUGCAAGAACCAAACCAAACUCUGUGGGGAAAUUCAGCCUCGCAUGGGAAGGAGCUGACUUUUGAAGAUGCCACAUUUAAAAACAAAAAAGAAAAAAAAAGGAAAAAAAAAGCUAAAUAAAAUUAAUAUAUCCAGCAGACCGCAGGCACAAGAAGCUAUUGAAGGAACACGAGCCAAUGAAGUACGGGGAGCCGGGAGCAAAGAGACCCCAGCCAAUGACUUUUUUUUUUUUUUUUUUAAACCAACCAGCCUUAGAAACACAAGGGAAUGGUAUUAGGGACGAGAGUGGAACCCUGUGCACAGCUCCACAGGGCUGAGAAGGACAGGAGAAACACUAUGAAUAUAACCACUGUUUGAAGAUGCAGAUGACUGUUUUGUUUGAAAGACUGCAGUGCACCAACGUAUGGCUUCCUGGCGAUUCGCGUAUGGACUGGCAUUGAACCUAAUGUUGUGCUACUGCUUUCUUUGUGCUUAUUUUAAAUGUUCAUACGUGUGCAUAUACAUACCUGCAUAUAUGUAUAUAUACAUGUAUUAUAUAAUGCUUUUGUCACGAUUAAAGUUUUAUAAAUAUUUAUUGAAAACUGUCGUUCCCCUCCUGCCCCCGCGUCCAGAAGAUGGACGAGCUGCUUUUCUGUAAUUGGGAGAAAACAACGGUGAUCUUUCCAAUGUUCUAAAUGCAAGGUCAGAGUCCGAGCCCCCAUGACAACCCUAGCUGUACCAGGAGUCUCUGGAGGUGAAUCUCUAGCCAGUGUCGUCUGCUCUAGGAAUCACCCGGUCUUAAUCAAUGCUGCUGUCUAUGGGUAUCCCUCAGUCUCUCUGUAGAACAGGAUUUCCAGUUUGAGCUCAUUCUUUUAUUUUGCGCCUAGUGCCUUUGUUUGUGGACCAGGCAUCGCACAGGAAAAGGAAUAAGAAAAAACAUUUAAGGAAAUGAAAAAAUUAAUAACCUGGAGCACAAGUCCUAACAUCGGACAACAGAACAAAAAAUGUGUUUACAUUGAAUAGAGCAAGCACACCAAAAUAAUCUAUAGCAAAACGAGUAUAGUUCUCUCUCCCAGAACAGUUACUGAUGUCUGACCAGGAAAGUGUUUCCAUUUCAGUCAAACAUACAUGCAACAUGUGUAAGAAAAUUCCCUCCAUGUUUGAAUUAUGUAGUACAACACUAAAAACAGAGCUCCUGUACAUAUUGUAAUUAUGCAUUGUAAACAAGAGAAAAGAAUACACUAUUGCUAGUGUUUUAUUAGUACAGCACCUGUGCCUACAUGGGACUCCAUACCAUGUUUUACCCUGAUUCAGGGUUU